AUGGAUCAUAUUUCUAAGUCUGAAGUUUCUGAUCUAGGCUUUCCUUUUGCAUCUGCAUAUAACCGAUCUUCUACUGAAGAUGAAACUAAUACGAAGGGAAUUCAUAGAAGCAAAAGUACUUCUACAGCAAGUAACCUACAAAACAAAAACAGGAAUAAACAAAACCUCGUGCUUUCGACUUCAUUUGUAUCAACCCGGAGGCUUGAUAAUACACCCAUAUCGCCAAUUACUGUUUCUCAAAAUAAAAGACACAGAAAUAGCAUCACUAAAACUAUUUUAGGACUUAAAAAUGAGGUCAGUAACUUACAACAUGAAUUGACAGAACUUAAAAAAAAGAAAGAGGACACUGAACGACUUAGAAGUUCAACAGCAUCUGAUAUUUACGCAGGCGGUUACUCCACAGAUCAUUUACAAAAACACUCAAUAAGAAUCAAAGCUAAUGCACAAAUCAGAGAACUUGAUAAACAUAUUCUUAAGCUGGAGAAGCAAAUGAAAGCUUCCAAAGAUCAAAUGGAGCACUUGAGAAGACCUGACUCUGAUCUUGAAACUUUAAAAACGAACUCAGAAAAUCUAUCAAGAGAAGAUCUACACACUGCAGAAGAAGAUCUAGGAACUGGCAUAUUUAGAAUUGGUACUCAAAAGUCUCAAUUAUCAGAAGAGCAAUCCAAAAAGAAGAACGAUACAAAUGAAGAUGAAAUGAUUGCACAUGAAUCAAUUGACCCUGACCAUCUCGACAGUUCUUUUGAUGAUACCGUUAGCAUGUCCGAACAGACAGUAAAUCUAGAAAGUGCAACUUGGCUUGUUAGUAAUUAUUUAGAAAGUUUUCAGGAAUCUAAUGUUUCAACUGAUUUUGUUUUGGAGAAAGCUAAUGGCUUGGUUGACCUUCUGAAACAAAAUCCGGAUAUACGCAGUAAUUUGGUGUUAGAUUCAUUUAUGCCAUCAAUUCAGAGGCUUUUGUUAAGAGAUGAUAACCUAAUCACAUCAGCGGCAUAUCGGGUAUGCAGACAUCUGAUAGAUGGAAAAAACUUCAUUGAUUUACUUUUCAAGCUUCAUAUCGAUACUUUUAUCAUAAUCUCACUUUCAUAUGACAAUUCUCAUCAAUUAGAAAGAGAGCAGGCUUUUAAGUUAAUAAGAGCAUUUGUUGAGUAUAAUCAUGGAAUAAGCAAGGGUAUACUACAAGCUGUAAUUAGCUGUAUAGAGAAGUCUGAUGAUCCGCUAAAGAACAUGGCACUAGAGACUCUUUUAGAAUUAUGCUAUAUCUCACCAGAAAUGGUAAAAGAGUGUCACGGAACUAGAAUACUCGAGGGAAUAUUACAAGAGUAUUAUUCCUUUUCCUUAGCGAACAUUGUCUUAGACACGAUCCUAAACUUAAUGUCCAAUCAUAAUACAAGAAAGUAUUUCAUAAAAGACUUCGACAUCUCAGUGCUGGCCACUAUUUUUGCAGAUGUGAACCCUAAGUCCUCUAUAAAUAUCGAGAAAAUUCAAAACUCCACCAUCCUUAUGGCAAAGGCCCUCAAAAGUUUUAACGGUUGUAUGUUAUUUUCAAUGAAUAAUUUCCAACCGCUUCGAGAACUACUAGCUUUCUUUCAAGUUCCAAACUGUGCACCAUACCUAAUUGAUCUAUUUUUGGAUAUUUUAAGGAUUAAGUCGCUGCCAUAUAGACCAAGAAAUAAAGGUGUUCAACAAUUUCGUAUGCAACCGUCUGAGUACUAUAGAGAGUGUGUGUCCCUGAACCAAAAAAUUGCGUUAAAGAUAAUGAUUCUAGAACAAGGAGGCUUUCAGGAAAACAUAAACAACUUAAUUAGUGUGCUUACGAAUAACGAUACCAACUCAACUUUAGCUACCAAGGCUCGUUAUUUACUAUCUGAGUACCUAAACCUAAAACUUAAUCUUGUUGAUAAGAAAUUUCCCAUUAACAAGAAUCCGCAGAUCAUUGAAGAUAACGCAAAAACAUACGAAGAGACAUUCGAAUUUGCUAAAAUGGCUACUAAGAUGAGUAGGCAUCGCAAUACUGUGGGUAUGAAUUUUAUCCAAUAUGUGGAGAAGAAUAAAGCGUUUGUGCAAAACUACAAGGAGAAUACCUUGGUAAGAGAAGUCGAUGACUUAAGAUUUAGGAGAAUGGUUUAUGAUUCUAAAGUCUUACAAACCAAAGACUUUGUCAAUUGGAACUGGAAUAUUAUUCAAGAACUGUUUGAAGGCCCUUUAAUGAACAGCACACAUCUAGAUGAGCUAGCUAAAUCAACCAAAUUUAUACGGAGACUGCUAGUGUUUUACCGGCCUUUACGUCUUCGUUUUUCAAAUGUUAAUAAAACUGCUAAACUUGCUCAAAAGUAUAUUCAUGUAGGGUGUCUUUUCUUCAAAAUGUUAACAUCCACCAAUGAAGGACUGAAAUUAUUAAUGGACGAUACUAAAAUCAUUCCACAAUUAGCGUCCUUGUUAUUUAGAGCUCUCGAAGGAAAUACUAGUGGUAAUAUCUUUAAUGAAAACACCUUGAAAAAUAAAAUUGUUUCAGGUUAUUUUAAAUUCAUUGGUGUAUUAACGGAAACCAAAGGGGGAAUAAAAGUUCUUGCAAGAUGGAACUUCUUCACAGUGAUAUACAAAAUGUUUCAGUUUCAAUCUAAAUUUGCAUCAAAAUGUCUUUUUCUUGUUCUGGCAGAUUUACAUCUUCAGCAUUCAGCACACUGCCGGACAGUUAUGGGUAAAGCAUUAGUGGUAGAAGAUGAAGAGGUGAGAAUAAGUGCAACUAAACGCUUGGGUGAGUUACUGAUUGAGCUCAAUGGUUCAAAAGUUGCGAGCGAAAUCGAUCUUGAGAAUAAAUUAAACGUUCAACACUAUAAAAUGGAGUUACUGACAAGACAACUUUAUGAUUUAAGUCCUAAGGUUGUUGCUGUUGCUGAUAGAGCACUUUAUGAGUAUAUUUUAACUGGGAAUGAGUCAGAGGAGAGCAGUGGCAGUACCUUCAAACUAUUUUUGAAUCAAAUGGUGUUUAUCAGAUCACCUAUUCUUUUUGAAAUUCUAGGAAGGCCAUAUGGAUUUCAACUGUUUAAUGAAAUUGAUUUUGUCAAAGAUGAAAGAGAUUCAUGGUUAGAGAAGAAAAAUAUCGAAUAUGUUGAUAUAGUAGAAGAGUUUAUGGAACAAUCACCGAGGAACAAAAGAAAUAACCACUACGAGCAAAGGGAUAGAUUGCCGCUCCAUUUUUAUGAAAGUUUAGCCAAAACAGAGGACGGAAUACUGUUUUUGAGUCAGACAGGGGAUUUCUUAACGUUUAUGAACAUUAUCAAAGACUAUGUAAGAACAGAAAUGGACGAUGAAGGCAUUGAUAUUAUCAAGAACUUGAAGGCAUGUCUCUGGUGCUGUGGGUUUAUAGGAUCUACUGAAUUGGGAAUAGGAUUACUUGAUAACUAUUCACUGGUUGAUGAUAUCGUGAAUGUUGCUUACAAGGCUAGUGUUACCUCCGUUCGUUAUACUGCAUUUUAUACUUUGGGUUUAAUCAGCAAAACGCUAGAAGGUUGUGAAAUAUUGGAUCAACUAGGCUGGAAUUGUUGCAUUUCUGUAAUCGGGAAACCUAUUGGCAUAGCUCUUCCAAAUAGACUUGAUAGAUUUUUGUCUUUCAACGAGGAACCUUGGAAUAUCCUAGAGACUUAUGAAGAACAUUUAAUUGAUAUGAAUAUACAAACAGGAGAAUUGAUCACAACAGGUAGUGCCAUCAAAUUUGAUCUUUUCAAACUAUUGGCUGAGAAGAAUGCUUUAGAGAAUCCAUUCCAUAAAGAUGAUAACGACAUGGACCUUUCGAAUGAUUCAAGUACAGAUAAUGUAUUAGCAAAUUCGAGACCGAGUGAUGCAAUUAGCUACCUUGAUAGUGCUUCGUCUUCUAUAACGAGAUCUGUGAGUAAUGAGAGGGCCAAUACUACCUUCUCAGCGGCAGUAUUUAGAGAUGAAGAAUCACAGGGAUCUCCAAAACAACAUUCGAACCAAAUUGCUAUUAACAACACGCCACAUUCUGUUAGCCAAAUUCUUGACAUGGAAAACUCUGAUGAUGAAAGAAUUACAAACGUAUUAAAUGUUGUUAGUCAGCUAGGUAAUCACAUAAUGUCCAACAAAGCCAUGAAGGUUAUCACUGAUAUGAAUGCCAAGUAUGGAUCAGAUGUAUUUGGACACAGUCUAUUAUUUAUGAAAGUCCUUCAAAUGAUGUCCACAUUCAGAUUCAAGCCUCCUGUUAGGAAAUUUUUGUGUGGCCUAAUUAUUAACAAAAGAAACCUAGGUAUACUGAUUGAUCGCGAAAGUAAGAAUCAGAAACUGUCCAAACUGCAGAACAAUUGA